AUGGAUAACCAGUACAUUGGCGGCCAAGAAAGUCAGGAGCAAGAUGAAUACCUUAAUUUCCUGGACCCCAGGCCCUUGCAGGAAAACACCAAUGCACUAACUCCGCAAGUUAUCCUUGCGCGCUCGACGAUGAGCAAUGCUGCAUCUCCAAACGUGCAGUCUGUAUCUCCGGCGUCUAUGUUCUCACCCAUGGCACAGUCUCAGCCAAUGCCUACGGCGUCACCGCAGCAGGUCCUUAACGCUGGAACUACUCCACAGCAGGUGCUCACGCAGGCAGCGUCAUCUCAACAAGUAAAGAAUCAAGCCCCUACGCCACAAGCCAUUUUGAGCAAUCAUAACACUCCCCAAAUACAGGAGCAACAGCUCAAUAAUUCAAAUGCUACUCCCAAUAAUGCAUUUGCGGAUAGAGCAGCAAUGUUCGUAGCCUUGCAACAGAGACAACAACAACAGCGUCAAAAGCUGCAGAUGAUGCAACAAGCUGCGCCACGCGCUAGCUCGCCUCAAAGCGCUCUACACCAACGGCCAUCCGUUGGAUCGCAGUCCCAGCCUUCUCCUGUGGGGCCGGUGCCUCAAGCUCAGGGAGGUUCCGGAACUAACAUGCCACCUAUGCAACAACGGCAGGCAAUUCAGAACCUCGACCCUGAAGUUCAAAGGCGAGUAAGCGGCGAACUGAACAAUAAGCAGUACGAACUUUUUAUGAAGUCUCUUUUAGAGAGUUGUAAGAGACGAAACGCUCCUCUUCAUGCCCUUCCCGAGAUUCAAGGGCGCAGGGUCAACUUAUUUGUUCUGUACAUGAUGGUUCAAAAACUAGGUGGUGGUGAAAGCGUGACACGCUUUCAGCAAUGGCCAAUGCUGGUACAAAAACUGCAGCUACCUCAAGAUUCAUCUCAGCAGCUGGCCACACUCUACUACCAUAUACUGUUACCAUAUGAACAAUACCUGGCGUCCCCUGAAGGUAUAAAGGAAACUCAGUCCAAGAGGAUCUUUUUACAGCAGUUUCUACAGGAGCUGCUGAAAAAGAUUCUGGGGAGUAAUCCCAAUAUCCAGCCUGACGUCCCGACCGGUGUCCCACCCAACAUACAGGCUAGUCCACAAGUUAACAUGCAAACUAAUAUACAAACAAAUGACUCCAGCAUUAGCGGCUACAGCACACCUAAUAGUACCGAGAUGCAAGAACCAAAUAAAGUUCGGAAGCCCCGUAAACCCAAGGUUAAGAAGAAGUCAAAAAAGGACUUGGAAAGAGAAAUGAAAUACCAACAGGAGCAGCUACAGAGACAACACCAACUACAACAAGAACAACAAAGCAAGUUAAUCGCAGAACAGCGCUUCAAACAGCAACAGGAACAGCUUCGCUUACAGCAACAGCAAGCCCUGCGACAAAAUCUUGAGUACCAAAAACUUCCCAAGGUUUAUAAACGAUCAUUUGCUCGCAAUUAUGUCCCAUUUACCCGUCCUAUUGAAACCUCUAACGGAUAUGAUAUUAGAGCCAUUUCUCAAAUUGGUGAGAAGAUCGAUGCAAACAAACCAGUGUUUUUGUUUGCACCUGAACUCGGCACAAUAAAUUUACACGCAUUGUCUCUCUCUCUACUUUCUGACUGUCUUUCAGAAAUCAAUGUGGCUUUGAAUAUUCUAUUAGUGACGAGCGCGGAUGCUGUGCUGAAAAUAUCGCUGGAGCGUUUCGAAGGUUUGAUAGAUUCGUUAACAAUACUAGGCUGCCGUAUUCUAAACAAAUUAUGCUUACCAUCCAUUUCAUCUUUUGACCAAGGGAGUGGCUAUCUGGAAGAAUAUGAUGUCGGUAAUAUGUUGGAUCAAAACACCACAUACUCACAAGCUACCGCUGCUUUAGAAGCGAUCCACAGAAAGACUGUUAAUGAGAAAAAUGACACCGAGGGUUUCAAGAUAAAAGUAGACUCGUUGACUGGGGUUGACUUAGAACAAGCAAUGUUGACUCCAGAACAAACGCCGUUGGAUCCAACUGGCUUUGAAAGAAGGGAAGAGGAAGUUGAGACUAAAGAGUCGUUUCAAAAUGAAUGGGAUUAUCUGCCUGAGCCGCUGUGGGUUUCGGAUAACUUGGAGGGAUGUACUCUAAAUGUUCCUAGUUAUCUAAGCUCUUUGCGGGACGUUCGUGAUGAGAUUGAUACCAUUUUUACAAAAGUUAAUGAGCGGGGAGCUGAAAACCCUCAACUGCUUUUGGUGGACCAACUGUCUACUAUUUCCAUGAUUUUGAGGAACUUAUCUUUUAAUGAAACAAACACAUCUCCUAUUGCGAAUAAUGUGCCAUUUAAGCGAUUCUUGACCGACCUAAUGUGGGCACUUUUGUUGCACAGCGACAGAUUUGUGUUUCAUCGGAAGCGCCUGAAUUUCAAAAAAGAUAUCAUAAUAACCCUUGCCAACAUCGCGCACAUUUUCAAAUUAGAAAAUCACGUAUCGGCAUGUUUACUUCUGCUCUUAAUAAUAAGCUUGGGUGAGAAGAAUACCGAACUCGGUCAAGAGGAAUCGCUAAAAUUUCCUGAAAAUUCCGUGCAGUUGAGCAAAUAUCAAAGCUUCGGGGUGGACGUGUUGGCUAAGAUUCUUUCGCUUGGGUACCCUAACAGGUUUUUAAUUAAGUGUGUCUUAUUGCAACAAUUUGAGCCAGACUCGCAAUCACAAGUCGUCGAAACAUGCCAAAAACUAAUAGAGCUUUACGGAAGCAUUGCCACUCAACCUCUCGGCAACUUGAGCCUUCUAAACGAUAUAUUCGCUUCCCUUAUAUCAAUUAUUCCAUUCCAGCAACUCAAUAUGUCUCCCACCCUGAUUGAAGAUGCCAGUCCAACCAUAUCUCAAAGCAUUACCGCCUUACUGUCUCUGGUUCGUUUGAUUAAGAAAGAGGAUAUGCCUUGCACAGCAAGUAACUUACCUCUUCUGUGGCUCACCUCCGAGGAAAACAUUGGAUCAAGUCUGCGGCGCCUGAGUGAAGCCUUGUCAAACAUUGGCAUCCACACUAACAACAACCUCAGCCACCUUAAACUACUUUUCAACUCGAUCAGUACAAAAUCUCUGCAGUUGGUAUGUCUACUCAUCGAAAAAUCUUUGGAAUUAGCCGCACAGAAUGAUAAUGCCGAGGGGGGCGCCACUUACUUAGCGGCAGCUAAAGAAUUAAACGGAAUUCCUAACCUGCUUCCAUCUGAACCCAAUGCGUUCUCAUUGCUUACAAACCCUAUGGCAGAUUUCGGGGUUGCAACUGGAAUGGGCACAUUGUAUCGGCUAAGGAAUCAAUUAAUUGCGACUGAUUUCCAACAGUGCGUUGAUGCCGAUGUUCAUGAUGCUAAUAAAUAG